AUGUACUCUUCCGCGUCAAACCAUGGCCCUGAUAACGAAUCGAGUCCAGCGAGAGGGAGCAACCAAAGCCUGUCGGCUUWACAGGCUGUGCAAUACCAUGAUUCACCGAACGCUGCCAACGAAGCUCACAAGACGAGGAUUAGGCGGCGGAAUCGCAUCAUCACCUCAUGCCUUGAGUGUCGUAGACGCAAGCUGAAGUGUGACAAGACCCACCCAUGUACCAAUUGCACUCGCUUUCGGCGAGAUUGCUUGUAUCUCGCACCAUCCCUUGAUCCUCAGGCCCAGCAGAAAAUUGCAGAGAUCAAGGACAAGAUGGGAGCGCUGGAGGAAGGACUGGAGCGUGAAAUCGCCGGGAGGACCGCUUCCCCCUCUACUCCAGCAGCAGGCAAUGAUUCGUUCAGAUCAAACAUUCCCGAGGUGAAACUCCCGCAAGCCGCUGAAGGUGAUGACGAAAAUUAUGAAGAAAACCAUCUGGAGCCUUCACCGCUGGCAGCAAUGGACAGUGUUUACGGUGAAGAUGCUGACGAUGACAUGAUGGAUCUCGGCGUGCAGAUGGGCAAGAUGCGCAUCUCCGAGCGUGUUGGCGGUUGGAUCAGGCCGAAAUUGGUGGACGAACUCACAGACACGCUCGAAGACGUUACCGCUGACCAGGCUCGACAGCCGGGUCUGCAUGUAUCUCACAGCGAGGCAAACUCGCAGUCUGGGGCCAGGCAGCCAAGAUUACAAGCCAUUCCUAAGAGCUAUAUUGGACCAGGACCCGAGUAUAUUGCGCCAGCCUCGAGCUUCUUCUUCACUGGCACAAAUCCGAGUGUUAACCUGAUUGACUAUCUUCCCAGCAAGACCUCGGCUGACCAGCUCAUUACUCACUACUUUCGCGCUGUGCAUUACAUGUGUCGCUGCGUCCAUCGGCCCACGUUCGAGGCACAAUAUUCGCUUUUCUGGAGUCAGAUAUCGACCGGGAAUGAGCCUGUCCCUCCAUUGCAAGCCAUUAUUUUCGCCGCAAUGUUCUCUGCUGCUGUCAGCAUGACGAACGAGCAAGUCAUGAGCCGGUUCGGAACAUCAAAAGACAUGCUCGUGGACAGCUUGAGGAUGGGUACCGAGAGUAGCCUUGCCAAAGCUAAUUUUCUUCGUACCACCAAGGUGGACACCAUGCAGGCCUUCAUCAUGUACCUCAUCCCUCUUGCGCGAUCCGAGGUAUCAAGAGGCCACUCCGCACUGGUUGGGACUGCAAUCCGGCUCGCAGAAUGCAUGGCACUGCAUCGGGACGGUACGCUCUACAACAUGAAGCCAGUGGAAGUUCACGUCCGAAGGAUGCUAUGGUAUCAGCUUUGCUUCCUAGACAUGAGAACAUCCGAAGCUACAGGACCCAGACCACAGAUUCGCCCAGGCGAUUACGACACGAAACUACCCCUGAACGUGGACGAUGUGGAUCUCCUUUCGUCAAAUCCUCCAACCGAAGACAAGAAAGUCUGGACAGAUAUGACAUUCUCAUUGAUGCGCUUCGAAUAUCAAGAAUUGCGCAGCCAGAACUGGUUCGACAUACAAGCGAUCGACAAAAAGAAGAUAUCUCUCACCUCAGUCGUCGUCAAGGUUCAACGCUUCAUAGUCUCCCAAGAAGAGAAAUGGCAUCCGAUGAUCAACUCCGGCGAACCAAUGCAGCUGCUCGCCAAAAUGAUCCUUGACAUCGGCUGUAAUGGAAUGCAUCAGCAGAUACUCCACCGCUACCUCUUCAGUACGACUCAAAGGAUGCCAGAUCGACUGAGACAGCUUCUAAWCGGAGCGGCCCUUGACCAGAUGGAAGUUUGCGUCGCGUGGGAGCAGAACCCAAAACUGCAAGAUUGGGUCUGGUAUCGUGGAGCUAUCAAUCAAUAUCACGGUGCUUUGUUGUUGUUGAUUGAAGUUUACGCAUAUCCCAUGCGAAAAGAGGCGGCGAGAAUCUGGAAGUGUCUGGACUUUGUCUUUGACAUCCCCUCUCACCUUACUCCCAAGCAGAAAGCGGAGCUUGUAUUGACCGAUUUGCGGGAUCGCAUGGAGCAGUAUCAUCACAUUCGAAAGCUGCGGGUGAGCAACCAAGUGGAGAAGUUGGUUGGAAAUGGCGCCAGUCAGAAUAAGGCUCCUAUCUGGUCGGUUGUGGACUCGCUCGGAAGAAUGGUGCAAAGUAAUCCCCAGGCGCCGGCUGAGACCAGUCCGCCAUCAGUUAAUUUCGUGCAGAGCAAUGCCGAAUCUGCAGAUGUUCACAUGUCGACAAUGGAUGAUAUCGAUUGGAAUGAGUGGGAUUCUGUCUUUCCAAGUUAUACUGGAGAGCUCAAUGUUCCGAAUUAUAACAUGAAUGACUGGCACGGAACCUCAAACGCGCCUCCCCUAGACGCGUCGAUCUUUAACCCUUCCCUCGCUGCAGGUAUUGGUGGCAUGAACGCUUACCCGGAUCAACUCGCAGACGUACAGCUCACGCCGACACUGUUUCCUGAUCGGUCGUGGAAGAACGCACCAGUCUCGUACCAGCGUUUCCCUGCCCAGUUCGGCUGA